AUGCACCUCCUAUUCGGCGCAGCAGAAGCGUACUGCGACCGGCGCGACACGCUGGCCAACCUGUGCGAGAAGAUCACGGGCGACGCGGCGCUGUUCUCCAUGUUCCGCGUGGCCGGCGCGCCGGCGCCCUGCCCCUUCGACGGCGGGCCGCCCUUCAGCUUCACGUACAGCCGCGGCGCCGGCGCCGCCGACUGCCGCGUGCCCGAGUCGCGCGCCGAGCCCUGCACCGACGCCUCGCGCCUCCUGCUGCGCUACCAGGCCUGCCCCGACGUGCGCGGCACCGAGAGCGCCGUGGAGGAGCUGGAGUGCCUGGGCUCGUGGCGGGACGGCUCGGUGCGCUACUUCGUGGGCCGGCUGGAGCACCGGCUGGCGCACUCUGACGAGGACCGCUACCGCUGCUUCGUGUACGAGCGCCUCUCCGGGCCCGGCGACGCCGUCUCCUUCAACGUGGCCCAGUCGGGAGACGCCACCUGCUCCGGGCUGCUGUCCGCCAGCGAGGGCUCCCGCACAAUGCGCCUGACCAACAGUGGCGACCGGGGCGCAUGGACGAGCCGGUGCGAGUUCCCGGCCUGGGUGACGGAGCAGCCGCAGUGGCUGAGCCUCGACCACGCUCGCUCCUACCGCUUCUCGGCUCGCAACGGCACGCUGCGCGUCUGGAGCGGCGAAGCGCUCGAGAAGCGGCUCGUGUGCCACGCGCUGCCACCCGCUCCCCGCCUCCAGUCACCCCCCGCAGCUCCCGCCGCCCCCACUACCGGCGCACCGCCCCCGCCGCCGCCGCCCACACCGGCUGCGACCCCGGCGUCCGCCUCGCCCACGGGGUUGCCCGACCAGCAGCAGCUGCAACAGCCGCCGCACGAGACCUUCUACGCGAUAGCUCACAUCACGGCUGGCUGCCGCAGCGGCUACGUGUGUCUGGCGCUGUACAGGAGGGACAGCCACGUCAUCGAGCUUCAGGAGUCUGUGCAGAGUGGAGGCGGUGUUGGUGGUGUUGUCAAGAGCGAGCGCGCAAAUAACGCGGCCGCCGUGUCGAUAACUCAAUUAAGGUCCGCCGAGCGCGCCCCUCAGCCCUAA